UUUUGGAACUCCCUGCUUCUUGUUUGCUAGUACGGAACGUAGUAAAUGUUGCUAGGCAACCAAAAAUUAUUUAGACAACUACUUUCGUAUUCUACUGAUACACAUUGUACUUUUAUACUUUCGGAGAACUGAAAAAAUAUAUUUUAAAGAACAAAAUACAUUCGAAAUGGCAGGACUACCUCUGUUGCCCGGUUACUCAUUUAGGGACCCGACGAUCACAAAAUUUCAUCUACCUCACCAAUUUGACCUCAGGAAUGGAUAUCAUUAUCCAUGCCCGGUAAAUAUUGGCAUUGGGAACAGACCACUGGACACUGAAGGCAUAGCUCAUUUCAGUAGUGCAGACCCAAUAAGGUUCAAUCCAUCCCUUACAUAUGGUCGUGUGAAAGAAUAUCCAGUUUCGCGGUUUAUCCCUCACUUUGCAUUAUAUGACAAGAAAUGCCUUGCAUUCAGAGCAUUCUUCAAACAGUCAGUGUUUGAGUCUCCACUUGAACAUGAACGUGUUCGCCAUGUGAACAUCAUUUACUUCCUGGAGGAUGACACGAUUACUGUCAUGGAACCAGAAGUUAAGAACUCUGGCAUAAAACAAGGAAGACUUGUGAGGCGAAACAGAAUUCCAAAGACAGCACUUGGAGACUUCUGGCACUGGAAAGAUUUCAACAUUGGGAUUGAUGUAGCCAUGUAUGGGAUUGUGUAUCACAUAGCUGACUGUGACAUUUUCACAAAAGAAUACUUGCAGAGCCAAGGCAUUGAACUGAAUGACCCUGAAGAAAUGCCAUCAGAUCCACACAUUUUGGACAGGCAGCUGAAGAUCAAGCCACACGGCCAUAAGACCAAACUGGCUAAUGACAGAAUGAGGCAAUUCUUAGAAUAUGAUGGGAAGGUAUUAAGGUUCUUUGCUGUGUGGGAUGAUCGUGACUCAGAGUAUGGAGAGCUGAGGCCAUACAUCAUACACUACUACUUGGCAGAUGACACUGUUGAAAUACAAGAGGUUUACAAGAAGAAUGAGGGGCGUGAUCCAUUUCCUCUACUUCUACGUAAAAUGAAACUGCCCAGAGAGUGGAAGGACAUACCAGUUGACCUUCCAUCAGCUGAGGAGGCCAUAGUUUAUUACACACCAAAAGAUUUCUUAGUUGGAGAAACUAUCUAUAUUUUAGGAAGGAGGUUCCUCAUCUGUGACACAGACUCAUUCACAAGGAAGUACUUCAAGGAGGUCUUCAACAUAACCCAGAGAUAUGCCAUAGAUGUGUCUGAGAAGAUACCACCUCCUCCAGCGGCUCCCGUACCACCUUAUCUUGGAUUUGGAAGUCCAGAGGAUUCAAUGCAGUCCUGUCUUACUGUUACUAUUCCACAGCCUCCAAAGAAGGACACUGUACGAUAUGUGGCCAAUGUCAGCAAAUACCUUCGCUAUGAGGCCGUCAUGGACUGGGUCCAUCCCGAAGACAAGGAUCGCAAAUUUGUAUUCAGCUACUCACUGUCAGACUGUUCCAUCACCAUCAGCGAGAUUCCACAAAAGAACUCUGGUUUUAUGGAAGGGACAUACCUAAGGUCGACCCGUAUACCAAAACCAGGCACAAACAUGGAUGAUCCAGAAUAUUAUACCCCGGCUGAUCUUUAUAUUGGAGCGUUGGUUGUUGUGUUCACACAACGUUUCAUUAUAACCGGGGCUGACCUGUUUGUAUACCACUACAUGGAAACUAAUCCUGAAAUGUUCCCACAAAAUGUCAUUGACAACAUAUGCAACUACAUGAUACAAAUGGGUCACCUCAAAGAAGACGCUACAAACCACAGAAAAACAUUAGGGGAAGAGGAGGAAUGCAAGAAAAAUUUUGUCUGCUAGAUACUUGUAUAUAGCUUAAAUGAAAA